AUGGGUGUGAACCGUGACCUCAAGAAGGCCACUGAAGCUUACUGGGGUGGCAAGAUCUCCCAGGCCGACCUCCUUGCUGAGGCCAAGAGGCUCCGUCUCGCCCACUGGAAGAUCCAGAAGGAUGCUGGUGUCGACGUUAUCCCCAGCAACGACUUUGCCCUCUACGAUCAGGUCCUGUCCCACAUCCAGGACUUUGGUGCCGUUCCUGAGAGGUACACCAAGAACAACCUCGAUGCUGUCGACCAGUACUUCGCCAUGGGCCGUGGCCACCAGAAGGGAGGCGUUGACGUCCCCGCCUUGGAGAUGGUCAAGUGGUUUGACUCCAACUACCACUACGUGAAGCCUACCCUCCAGGACAACCAGGAGUUCAAGCUCGUCGACGCCCCCAAGGCCGUCGUCGAGUUCAAGGAGGCCAAGGAGGCCGGCAUCCACACCCGCCCCGUCCUCGUUGGUCCCGUCACCUUCCUUCACCUCGGCAAGGCCGACCGUGAUCAGUCGGUUGACCCCAUCGACCUCCUCGAGAAGCUCCUCCCCGUCUACGAGCAGCUUCUUGCCCAGCUCAAGGAGGCCGGUGCCGACUCUGUCCAGAUUGACGAGCCCAUCCUCGUCUUCGACCUUCCCGCCAAGGCCAAGGCCGCUUUCAAGACUGCCUAUGACAGGCUCGCCGGCAGCGACAAGCUCCCCAAGCUCGUCCUCGCCACCUACUUCGGUGACAUUGUCCACAACCUUGACGUCGUUCCCAAGAACGUCAGCGCCCUUCACAUUGACCUCGUCCGCAACCCUGAGCAGCUCGACACCGUCGUUGGCUCGCUCGAGGCCAACACUAUCCUCUCUCUCGGUCUCGUGGACGGCCGCAACAUCUGGAAGACCAACCUGAAGCGCGCCAUUGAGACCGCCGAGGCCGCUAUCCAGAAGCUCGGCAAGGACCGCAAGAAGCUCGACGCCGAGAUUGCCGACUGGUUCUCUUUCGCCAGCGAGAAGGCUGUCGAGGUUGCCGUCAUUGCCAAGGCCGUCACCGAGGGCCCUGCCGCCGUUCGCGAGCAGCUCGAGGCCAACGCCAAGUCGAUGAACUCGCGUGCCACUUCUACCCGCACCAACGACCCCAAGGUCAAGGAGCGCCAGGCUGCCAUCACCGGCGAGGACUACAAGCGCAAGUCUGAGUUCUCCGUCCGUAUCGACCAGCAGCAGAAGAAGCUCAAGCUUCCCCUCUUCCCCACCACCACCAUCGGAUCCUUCCCCCAGACCAAGGAGAUCCGCCUCCAGCGCUCCAAGUUCACCAAGAAGGAGAUUGACGAGCAGCAGUACGACAAGUUCAUUGAGGAGGAGAUCAGGAACAACGUCAAGAUCCAGGAGGAGCUUGACCUCGACGUCUUCGUCCACGGCGAGCCCGAGCGUAACGACAUGGUCCAGUUCUUUGGCGAGAGGCUCAGCGGCUAUGCCUUCACCACCCACGCCUGGGUUCAGAGCUACGGCUCUCGCUGCGAGUCCAAGUUCGCCGUGGUCUUUCCCCGUGACGACGUCCACCAGUCCGUCCAGGCUGAGCAGCUUGGUCUCGCUCUCCGCGACGAGGUCGUUGACCUUGAGAAGGCUGGCGAGCGUGAUGCCUACCUUGACUGGGCCGUCAAGGCCUUCAAGCUCUCGACCUCGGGCGUUGAGGACUCUACUCAGAUCCACUCCCACUUCUGCUACUCCGAGUUCCAGGACUUCUUCCACGCCAUUGCCGCCCUUGACGCUGAUGUCCUCUCCAUCGAGAACAGCAAGUCGGAUGCCAAGCUUCUCCGCGUCUUUGUCGACUCUGCCUACCCCAGGCACAUCGGCCCUGGUGUCUACGACAUCCACUCUCCUCGUAUCCCCAGCGAGGAGGAGAUCAAGAGCCGCAUCGAGGAGAUGCUUCAGUUCCUCAAGCCCGAGCAGCUCUGGAUCGACCCCGACUGCGGUCUCAAGACCCGCCAGUGGGAGGAGACCAAGGCGGCCCUCGCCAACAUGGUCAACGCUGCCAAGGCCUUCCGCGCCAAGUACGCCCAGUAA